GACUUUUGGAGACUUUUGCAACUGCGACUUUUUGGUAACUCAGGAAAGUUCCUCUUGCUCUUCGGCCACCUGGACCCCCUGUGCAUGGCACGCGAAUGUCGUUAAAGACCUGAGCGCGUGCACUACAACCACUUGUCAAGAUGGAUUUGACUUCGGAUUUUGCGACCUUUCGCGAUUCGGUCCAGACAUCUGUCGUCAAUGUGACAAGGACCGCAACUCAAGUCUCAAAUCAAGAUCUGAGUUUCCACCGCUCAUCGAGUGAAAAGCUGUCACGGGCUCUCGAGCGCCAAAAUGCCCAUUUGCUUCGCUUGACCAGUAAUUUACUCAAAGCGGCUGCCAAAGACACCAAUCUUAAAGCCCCGGGGCUCAAGGACCAAGAUGACAUCGACGACAACUGGCGCAGGAUAGUGGAUGUCGUUGAUGACCUUCUUGAAAAGGCGGAUUCUGCUCUCGAUGAGUAUUCUGGUGUAAUCAAGCGCCAGAGUCCUGGUCAAGAUCCAGAACCUCCCGUCAAGCGUCUCAAGACCGGAAAGGGCCCUCAAUCAUGGUCCUCUGAGGUUACCGAGAAACCCCAGCAAUUCUUCGAGAGACAAGUCGAUAAUGCUGAGACGAAGCCCUGGAAACCUUUACUCAAACAAAAACCACAUGCCACUGUUCCCCUAGAGGAGAGCAUUGGGGACGAGGACACUGGGUACAAACACCCGUACCUUCAUGAGAUCGAGCAAUAUGCCUAUCCUCCUUCUGUAUACCAGACUAGUCCUCCUAUACCAUUCGCUCCACCAGAGCAAAGCGAGCCCAUUUUUAUUGAUACUGAGGAAGGUGUAAGAGACAUGCUGGAAGAGCUGAAAGGGGCUUCAGAGAUUGCGAUUGACCUUGAACACAACGACCAGCGCUCAUACGUAGGUAUGGUGUGCCUCAUGCAAAUCAGUACUCGGGACAAAGAUUGGAUCAUCGACACUUUGAAACCGUGGAGGGAGAAUCUCCAGAUUCUGAAUGAAGUCUUUGCGGACACAAAGAUUCUGAAAGUGUUUCACGGCUCGAACAUGGACAUCAUCUGGCUUCAAAGAGACCUUGGCUUAUACGUUGUUGGUCUCUUCGAUACCUAUCACGCGUGUUGCGCCCUCCAAUUUCCGGGCAAGGGUUUGAAGCAUCUGCUGCAUCAGUUUGCCAACUUCGAGGCUCAGAAGCAGUAUCAAACUGCCGAUUGGCGAGUUCGCCCCCUGCCGAGAGAACUGAUUGAUUAUGCCCGUUCAGACACUCAUUUUUUGCUCAACAUAUAUGAUAAUCUGCGGAACAUGCUCAUCGAAAGAUCUACGCCGAACGAUAAUUUGACGGAUUUUGUACUGACUCAGUCCAAGAAAGAAGCUUUGCAAACCUACGAGCGUUCAGUGUAUGACAUGGAAUCGGGUCGUGGCCCGCUCGGCUGGCUGGGACUACUUCUGCAACGGACAGUCAGAUUUGACAAUGAGCAAUUCGGUGUAUUCCGUGCCGUCCACGAGUGGCGGGAUCGGAAAGCACGAGAAUUGGAUGAAGGCCUUCAAUACGUCCUGCCAAAUCGUGUCCUGUGGCAAAUUGCCGAGACUAUGCCUACUUCAAACUUCAACUUCAACGCGGUCUUCAGGGGCCAUCUACCCAAACCGGUCUUGGACCACUUGCCUGAGAUUAUCGACGCUGUAAAGAGAGGCAAAUUCGAGGGGCGUGCGGGUCCUUCUGUGCAGGAGGUUUUGAAGCAUAAUGAAGAGGUUUAUGGAAUUGCUCCACGACGAAUCAGGGAGAAAAAGGAGCCUGCGACCACAAUACGUGGGCUGGGUGCAACGUUGAAGGAACUGAUUGCCAGUGGCGAUGUCGGUGCUUCGUCAGCCUCUUUGAACUAUGAUGGCGCCGGUGAAGUUGAAGCGCCAGUCGCCGCACGAUCUUUGGCAUCGCUUUUAUGGGGCCAGAUAAGGCCACAACAUGCACAGCUACCUGCAGAAUUAGGGGCAGUGGCGGGUGCUUUGCAGUCUGUCUUGCCCUUGUUACCUGCUGUCAUGGAGAGUCAAGAUGAAGACGUCGUCCUAGAACAAGGCAGCGCAACGAACGCCGCCCCAGCUCUUCCUGCGCCUACGCCUUCUGCAAGCGCGGCCUCUGCUGCCCCAGCACAGGCACAACCUCGUUCCAAGGCACGGGAGAUCUUCACGCUCAAAGACACAGCCAACGCAAAGAAGCGUAAAGCCGAUGAGUCAGAAGCUACCGAGGACCUGCCAAAGAUGCCAGCCGCGUCAACGGCUAACGGCUCCAUAAGCGAGGCACCGGCCUUACAGAACCCUGAGUACGAGUCCAAACGUGAGGCCAAGAAGCAGAAGAAAGCGGAGAAGAAGGCGAAGAAGGAAGCCGAGAAGCUCGCCCAGGAAAAUGCGGCCAAGGCGGCACAACCGUUCGAUUAUGCAGGAGCCGAAUCUCUUCUGACUUCACAAACACAACAAGGAGCACCGGCAGAUGCUGAUGGAAAGGCCGGCAAGAAGAGAAUGAAUCCCUUCGCGAAGGCGUUGGAUACUAGCACAGGUGCGCGAAGAGGAAAGAUGGGCAAGGAGCUGGCCGGUAAGAGCAUGACAUUUACGUCUUAAGGACGUCGGUGGCAACGCGCGAGCGCACUGUGUCGCAAGCGAACAAAGUCAUCAUGCGAAAACGAAAAGAAAAACGGUAUCUUACAUAUCAGCAUCCUUGGGAUUUAUGAACUUGGGCGGACAUGGAGCGUGAAAUUGCAAUCCCGUUAUUGCAAAUCCUGGAAGGUUUCAAAAAGUCACCAUUCUGCGGGUUCUGUAGGUGCUGAAUUUCGGCAAUGAGCACAAUUGAAUUUGCUUUACACCCCUUCUCGUCUGCCCAGACUUCUUGGGCGACCAGAGCCAGAUAGGAAAAACCAAAGUAUGGUCGAAGCAGAGCCAGUGGUAUUCCCGGUAAUAGAUAAAAUCCUUCAGACGGGUCCAUAAGACACCCGAAUCCUAUUACUGGUAUAUCAAUCAACGAUGCGAACUUGCCUUCCCUCAACUUGCGAAAGCGCGCCGUCUACUAAGCAGACGCAUGUCCUCCUAUAUGCGCGAUAGUCCUGAAGUCAAGGUCUCGGAAGACGUCCGAUCGCUGAAGAGUACGACAUCCCGAGCAGCAAGAUUUGGAUUGUAAUGGUAUGUGCGGAAUCUCAAGUUGGUGGAACGCAGGCACUCCGGGCAAGAAACAAGGGGACAAAACACAGAAGGGCAUGAUCAUCAUCCUGCGUAACACUAAUCCUGACCGAACUUGAUUCCUCACACGGCCAUCUCGGCUUGCAGCUUGCGGAGCUCUUCUUCCUCGUCCUCCUCGACGGUCGAGGGCUUGUUGCC